UUCCUUGUAAGCAGCAACCUUCUAUCAAGGACUUCAUGAGAAGAAACACAAGAUCUGAAAUAUUGUAGUGUGACCAUCUAAACGGAGAUGUUUUCUAAGAUGAAUGUCUGAAUUACAGGUAUAAAGGUAUGGACAAGUCAUCUACGAAAACAACAGUUUCGUCGAGUACAAAUCGGAAAUUGAAAAUUGCCGCAUGUUUAUUUCUGUCCACUACAGUGAUAUUCGUAAGCCUAUUUAUUUGGAGUGAAUAUAAAGGUACUCCAUGCGAUAACUAUAGCUGUGACAAUGGUGGGACGUGCUUUCUUGAUGAAUUUCAGCCAAAAUGUGCUUGCAAAAAUGGAUUCAUUGGUGAAAAUUGUGCAUUAACGCCAUGUCCAAGAGUCCCAUGUGAACACGGUGGGAAUUGUUCGGUGACAGGUAAUAGUUUUUCCUGUACCUGUUCAAACGGAUUCACAGGAUUACAAUGCCAAAUUUAUCAUGCUAACUUUGAGAACAACAUGGGCUCCAUAUUUUUUCAGAAUCUCAAUGACGAUUUCGACUGGACAUUAAAUUCGGGCAAAACAUCCACUUCACGUACUGGUCCGUCGUCAGCAUAUGAAGGUGAUUACUACUUAUAUACGGAGUCAUCAAACAAACAUGAGGGAGAUGUUGCAAGGUUACUGUCACGUGACUUCAUUUUUGAUAACCCUGGAUGUCUAAAGUUUCAUCACCACAUGGAUGGUUCUGGGAUGGGAACCUUAAAUGUAUAUCAAGGAAGCAGUCUUAUUUGGAAUAUAACAGGAGAUCAAGGAGAUGAAUGGCAUCUUGCCGAAAUUAGCCUACAAGCAAAUAGUUCUAGCAGCUCCAAGAUAACAUUUGAAGCAGUACUUGGUAGUAAUUUCCUAAGUGAUUUAGCCAUUGAUGACGUUCAAGUACUUCUUACAGGCUGUUAAAAUUAUUCAAUAAAACGGAAUAUUUAAGUGA